AUGAUCCCACUACAACCACAUUGGCUCCCACAACAACCACAGAGGCUCUCACAACAACCACAGCGACUCCCACAACAAAUACAGCGGCUCGCACAACAACCACAGAGGCUCUCACAACAACCACAGCGACACCCACAACAACCACACUCCCACUACGACCACAGCAUCUCCCACUACAACCACAGUGGCUACCACUACAACCACAGCUCCUCCCACUACAACCACAGCAGCUCCCACUACAACCACAGCGCCUCCCACUACAACCACAGCGCCUCCCACUACAACCGGAGCAUCUCCCACUACAACAGCUCACAUAGCAACAACAAAAGCUGGUGUAACAUCAUCCACUGCUGGCCCAACAACAACGGCUCCCACAACAACCACAGCUGCUCACACUACAACCACAGCGGCUCCCACAACAACCACAGAAGCUCCCACUACAACCACAUUGGCUCCCACUACAACCACAGAGGCUUACACAACAACCACAGCGACUCCCACAACAACUACAGUGGCUCGCACAACAACCACAGAGGAUCUCACAACAACCACAGCGACACCCACAACAACCACAGUGUCUCCCACUACAACAGUGGCUCCCACUACAACCACAGCGGCUCCCACAACAACCCCAGCUGCUUCCACAACAACCACAGCUUAUGUUAUAACAACGACAUCAGCUCCCACUACGACCACAGCAUCUCCCACUACAACCACAGUGGCUACCACUACAACCACAGCUGCUCCCACUACAACCACAGCGGAUCCCACUACAACCACAGCGCCUCCCACUACAACCGGAGCAUCUCCCACUACAACAGCUCACAUAGCAACAACAAAAGCUGGUGUAACAUCAUCCACUGUUGGCCCUACAACAACGGCUCCCACAAAUACCACAGCUGCUCCCACUACAACCACAGCGGCUCCCACAACAACCACAGAGUCUUUCACAACAUCCACAGUGACUCCAACAACAACUACAGCGGCUCCCACAACAACUACAGCGGCUCCCACAACAACCACAGCGGCUCCCAUUACAACCACAGCGUGGCUCCCACUACAACCACUGAGGCUCCCACUACAACCACAGCGACUCCCACAACAACCACAGUUGCUCCAACUACAACCACAGUCGGCUCCCACAACAACCACAGCGGCUCCCACUACAACCACAGCGGCUCCCACUACAACCACAGCGACUCCGACUACAACCACAUUGGCUCCCACAACAACCACAGAGGCUCCCACUACAACCACAGCGGCUCCAACUACAACCACAGCGGCUCCCACUACAACCACAGCGACUCCCACAACAACCACAGUGGCUCCAACUACAACCACAGUGUCUUCCACUACAACAGCUCCCAUAUCAACAACAAAAGCUGA